UAAUCCACAUUAUUCAAAAGUACUCAGAGAGAAAAUGGCAGCAAAAGAAGCGGCACACAAGGCAAUGGAGUCUCGAAGAGCUGCAUUGGUAGAGGCUUCUUGGUGUCGGAUUCUAAGAGCUGCCAGAAUUCCCAGUGAUGAUGCAGAAGCUCAACUUUCAAAGGCAGAAAAAAAUGCAAUAGAAGCUUUUGAAGCAGCCCAGGCUCUAGGAGUUAUCAUGUAUGACAUGCCAAACUGCCCCAGGAAGCAUUGCCAGAUAGAGGCAUCUACUGUUACUAGUGAAGGAUCAUCUACCCAUGCCGUUACUGCAUCGUUUGAAACUGAAUUUGAGGUAGACAAAGAAGUAGCGGCUGCAGUCAAAACUGCUUUCAUAAGGCUAGCAAAUUGCCCUUCAUUUAAGAAAGGUGAAUUCAGAGAACUUCUAAGAAAAAUUAGUCAAACCCCAGAUACAGAUGAUGGUUCUCAAGACCUGCAUGAUUUCUCCUCCGAGUAUGAGUCUGAGUCUGGCUCUGAACAUGAUUUAGUCUCUCAAAAUGGUGACCUCAGCUCUCAAGACUUGGACACAAACGUGCCUGCUCUGGGAAUAAGUCAGAGGAAAAGCAGGAGGAGACAAUCUCUAGACAAAAUCAACAGAAUAAAGCUUGUGGACAUGAUGAUUGAGAGGCUAAAAUGUUUGCAAGAAGAUGAACUUUCAUCUCUGGCCACUAUAGUUGCAACUUGCGGUUUAAAUUCUGUCUUGGCUGAAGGACAGAAUGUUAAACUGGGCUCUGCUACAGAUAAUAACUCCUCUUCAAGCGUAAAUUUUCCGGCAAGAAGGAUGUCUACAUUGGGAUCAAGAAAGUCUGGUUUUGUCAAGGACGGGCAAGUAAGAAAUAAGCAAGUUGAGUCAGAACUGCCGAGUCUAGAUAAGUUUUUAGUGAAGCGAAUGACUAAACUUGAACGAGAGAUUCAAGAAGCCAAGAAUAGCAGAAGGAAUGAGAAUGAGAAUGACAGGGAUGGCUCUCGUAAAUCUGUUGAUGGAACUCUAUCUGAGACCACCCAAGACUUGGGAAGCAUUCUUGUGAAGAAUUAUUCAAAAUUUGAGAAAGACAUAAAAGAGGCAAGAAAUAAGUCCGAAAAGGAUAUCUCAAUGCCAAACCGUCAGAAAGAUCAUGCUGAAGUACCGAGCUUAGACAAGUUCUUAGUCAAACAUGUCUCCAGACUCGAAAGGGAGGUCGAAGAAGCGAGAAGCAGAAAGAUCAGUGAAACUAAAAAUUUGAAGACGAAAGCUGAUGUGACUACCAUAGGUGGAAUAAAUUCUCAUUCUUGUUCUGAUGGAUCGUUGGAGGAGAAAGAGAACCUGGAUUCAAAUAACCUUUCGAGUUUUGAGACAGAGCAAAAUGGAUGUAAACUCGAUGCAGAUCCAUCUUCAGUUGACGGCGCGAAUAAUGAGAUUGAAGAUGACAAAGAUAGCCUGGACAAGAUUCUGAUAAAGCCAGUGCACAGAUUGGAAAGAGAGAAGAUUCAUGCCAUGUCACUGGGAAGCCAUGAUGAAAAUUAUAGACAAAGAAAGAAUCAGGGAGUAACUAAUGCUGCAGAUUAUGAGAGCCUGGACAAGAUUUUAGUAAAGCAUGUCUCCAGACUUGAGAAGGAGAAAAUGAGGCUCAGGUCAGGGGAAGACAAGUUCGAAGUCAAGCGAAUUCAACGAAACACACAUUUAGAGACAAAUGAAGAGGGCGGUCUCGACCAGAUCUUGAUUAAACAUAAAUCCAGACUUGAGAGGGAAAAAAUGAGGCUCAAGCCAGAAGAAGAAAGUCUAGUAAAGAGAAGUCAAAGAAGCAACAAUAUGCAGACAAAUGAAGAAGGAAGUCUGGAUCAAAUUUUGAUUAAACAUAAAUCCAGACUUGAGAGAGAGAAGGUGGUUGCCUCCCAGCAGCAACAAGAGAACACAAUUAGUCACUCAAAGGCCCGUCGAGAAGAAAGGGAAAGAGAAUUGCAAGAAGCAUGGGGAGGAUUAAGCUUAGGAAACUCCAUGAAGCCUAGUCUCUCUAGGCUUGAGCGAGAAAAGGCUGCCUGGAUUAAAGCUGAAGAGGAGGCAAGGAGGCAAGCGAUGAAGGCAAUAUGAACAAGACUGUUUUUUCCUCCCUUUUGUUGAUAAAAACGUGCCUUUUUCCUUCAAAGCAAGGAUCAUCAACUGUCUGUUUCUUCUUCGUUGAGGUUCUGAUUUAAUGCUUACCACACCUUUAUUAGGUUGACUAAGCAAUUGUACGUAUGCUUUCUUUUAUUUCUUCUUCUGUUGGGCCUAAAUGUAAAUGCCUUCCGUGCCAAUCAUACAAAU